AUGGAUCAACUUCUUUCUACGGACAAUGGUUACUUGAGAGCGGAUUUUAUAGGGUCCGGCAUUGAAAUGGAAUCAGAAGGAGAUGUUGCAGUUGUACACCUAGGCGAAGACGAUCAAGGUCUAGCUUCAGGAGAGUUUGCAGCAUUCUACGAAGGAACCACUUGCAUCGGGUCAGGUGUAAUCCUGGAGGGUUUCCCGGUCUGCUCAAAGCUCCUCCGCCGCAGGUUGAAGAAGAACAUGUUGCAGAACCGAAGAAGAAAAAACGCAAUAAGAUGGAGAUCUCCUGAUUCUAAGAAAGUGAAGAAAAUAGAGGAAGUUUUCAAGAGCCUGAAGGAACAACUUACUGCACUAAACGAACAAUUGCUAACAAUCGCAGACGGUGAUUGCUGGUCUCAUGCUUUUCACAAAAGCAUACAUGCCAUUGUGAAAAAACUAGGACUUAACAUAAAGAUACCCACUGCAUUUGAACUAGUCCGAGAGAUUGAUCAGAUGUUUUUGAAAGAAUACAAGUCACUGCCCAAGACAAGUGACGCUGUCUCAUUUCUGCAGGAGAAGUAUGGCAUCAGAAUGGUCGUGUAUCAUCGUCCAAAAGUGGACAAUGAAGAGGAGAAUGCGCAUUUUGAGAAAUUCAUCGAGCAACGCCUAGCAAUAGCUCCCGUGGCUGUCUGUUUCAAAUAUGUGCUAGGUUACACCGUGUUCCGUGAUGAUAACAAAGCAGUUUUUUGUCCUAGUGCCACUGAUUUGCUUGUAAUGCGCUAUGAGGUCAUAGAGGGCCAUUAUGCCGUCAUUAUAGGUCGAGGAGUGGUCAUGAAGGGUGGUGAGUCUAUUGAAUUUUUCGAGAUCCAAGAAAGCAAUGGAAGUCAAUUUGGAUACGGUGGUUUUACUCGCUUCCAACGCUACAAGAAACUUAUCACAGAUGUUUUUGAGUUCAAGUAUUGA